CACAUUUCUCCCCCACUUCUCCCUUGUGAUGGAAGGCGACGAUCGCGUGGACACGGAGCAGACCUUGAACUAUGACUUUAACUUCAACAUGGUCCUGGCCAAGACGCUCAUCAGCAAGUUGGGCCUGCCCCAAGAAAGACAGCUCGCCACCGAGUGGCUGCAAAAGCUGUCCACCUCCGGCACGUCGAUGGAGGAGCUCCAGCUGCGGAACAUGUUCGCCUACUUCCUGGUGCUGAGCCUGCAGGAGGGGCAGCUGCGGCCGCCCUUCGACACCGAGCCGCCCGCCGCGCCGCUGCCCAGCCUGCAGCACCUCCUGGUCUGGCCGAUCGCUUCCUCCUCCCAAUACAGUGCCGACCGAGACCGGGGCAGCCUCUGACGACACGUGGGUGGUGCGGGUGCGGGGGGGCUCUCGGCGUAGCACCGUGGCGUGGCGACAUCUGGCGGCCGCGAAAGAAGCCACGUGGGCCGAGGAGUUUACAUGCGCCCGCUCUGCUCCGCUCCUCAAAGGUCAGGGCCUAGAUCUCCCUAAAGCCAGCCGCUU